UUCUCAGGCUGGAAAUUUAACGCUUAAGCGAAGGGAAACGUCACCGGAUUUUAAUAGACUUGAAGCCCGGCUAAAACCCAAACGAGGUAAGUUUAUGUAGGAACGAAGCCUUUCUGUAAUUGUUACAUAGUGUCGAGUACGCUCAACUGGCUCUCUAUUGCUUGAUUUCAUACGUAAUCAUAGCUUUGUUUGGCAGAUUGCGGUCUUUCGACCAGGGUUUCAUUUAAAUCAUCAUUUAUUUUAUACUAAUCGAUUCGUGGUAAAAUCUUGUGGUUAAAAGGUUGUGUGCUUGCACUAACUAGGCUGUAAACCAAUUUGACGGUGCUCAAUUCACCAUCACGACAGCAAAUUAUGCUUCGGCCAAGUUUCUUCAUUACACCUCAUUUCAAGUGCGGAGUAGCCUAUUUCCACGGAGCUAGUCUGCAUUAAAUAAUUUUUGCAGAGAAUGAGAUGUUGGCUUGAGCCAGUUUACCGCGCAAUCAAAGAGGUCCCUGUAUAUACGUGACUUUAGACAUUGCGUGCUCUCGCUUUGGGAAUUGUUUUUACGGUGCGCUAGUAGUUCACCCUUGCGGUGACACAAGUCUAUUACGGUUCUCUAUUCAAUGUUCUCGAUCGCGGCUCGCUCGCUCCUAAGUUUCGAAACACAAGAAUGCGAAUUCAGACACGAAUUGCGUUUCACUCUUCGUUUACCGAACAAACAUAUUUUUCGUGAAAAUCGCUUUAAAUAUUGUUGCUGUAUUUACUUGUGUCGCUUUGUUUUAUAUAAACAUUUCACUUCCACCGAUCGCAUGACUUGACGUUCACAUUGUCGACGCACCGGUCAAGCCACUAACAUACCGGCUAACUGAGUGUAUAGCCACAGUAUUUAUUAAUGCGGCAUGGACAAAUGAGCGGUGUCUCUCUAUUAUUUCUCCCAAAAGGCCGCCGUUUUAAGCGGUAAUGUACAUGUAGGUGUCCUAAUCCACCUACCAUUGUAGAUGUGUAACCAACCUAUACAAUUAAGUAGUAAUACGAAUACUACAACGCUCUCCUUCCGUAAGCACCGUUUGCACUCAAAGCAAUAUCCUUGACAAUUCAAUGAUCCUUCCUUUUCUUCAUGACUCGCUUAAUCAGUUUUCAGCGCGUUGAAGACGCGUGAAAAUCUAUCUCGUGACUUAACAGCGACCAAAGCAGACAUUUUGCCUGUCAUGCAAAUCGCAAAGCAAUCACAAACAAAUUGCUUUUUGCCCCCCAGGUUUUAACAUAGGUUUCAAGACCUUAAAACGUUAGUGAAUUGUAAAGUAAAAGAUUUUGCACAAAUAUAAUUUGUUUGCACGGUUACUUUUGAGAUGAAGAGAGGCUCACCUCAUCAAGAAAAAAGUACAUUUUGGUGAAAGGUACAGUACAAGAGUUGUAAACAACCAGUGAAGCGAGAAAUGUUGCACCGUCUUGCACAAGUUCAGGCUUUUGAGCAGCUCCUUAUUGAAGUUAAUGAGGGAUAAGGUAAUGAAUAUAAAAUAUAGCUGUAUAGAUCCUGCAUCGAGCUAGUUCAUGAAACCACUUAAUUUCGCUAUAAUAUCAACAGCAGACUUCAAAGAUCUCGUCGAUGUUUUUAUUAAACUUCGACGUCGGAGCUGAAAAAGCACAGCACAAACAACCCAUAUAACAUACAUGUAUCUUGCUAGGCUAGGCGGCUUCUACAGAAGUUUUUUACAAUUUCAAUAAUAUUGCAAUUAGCAUAUAAUGACAGCCUAGUUUCACUCCCCAGCUUUGCCGCGUAAAAAAUUCGUGUGUUCCAUCAUGAAUUUUAGCUUAGAGAAUUUAAUGUCAAUUGUCAAGAAGGUUAUCCAAAUAACUUAAACCUUUUCAGUGAGCAUUUAUAGACCGGCAGGUCUGAGUGGCCGUUAUUGAAUGUUUGAGGAGCUACUAUACUAUAACACCUUCGGCCAGACGUGAUUUGUUUUAGGUAUCCGUAAUCUUCCGGUGCAGACUGACAAAGGUUUACAAGUAUGAAAAGGCGAUUUGUGAUAGCUAUAGGUCACUCUAUAUCCAUACUUCAAAGUUCAGUCGCUUGCAGUUUUACUAUUUGCUUGCCAUGCACAAAAAAAAAGAUCACAAGUUGAUGAUUUAUUGAUAGUUGAGUUAUGUAACAAACAGAGUUGCAAUGUAUUUAAUCUUCUAAAUCAAAGGUAUUUUGGGCCCAAAUAGGUAAAUAGCUCUCGUUACUUCAAAAAUCAAAACUAAGUUUCCUUGCUCUGGCGUAACCAAAUGUUUAAUUCCUACGAAUUAUUAGUUUAGUCAAUAUUUCCCAAACAUACAAAUAGACUGAUCAGGAGCUGAGCGUUGAAGAAAAAAGUUAAAACAAAUUUAUAUGACCAAACCAAAUUUGUAUAGCUUUAUAAUAUAAUCUCUGGAUUAUGAUCCUUAACGCUUCCAAACCUUAAUAAUGUUGUUUUUGAAGAUUUCACUAAACUUGGAAUGCUGAUUAGAUAAUUUUGUUCAUAAAUCAACGUUCGUAUCAGUUUACCACAUUUCACGUUAGGAAUUGCAUUCUUGCCAAAGUUAUUCAAUGUAUUUUCAUAGAAAUAUAUAUUCUAUGUUACAGGUAGAAAGGAAAGAAGCUUAAAAACCCAUUCUUCCAAUGUUUACACUAGUGCACUUAUAACGUGAAUAUUUACACCAGUUGAAAACAUUUUCUAUAUGAACCUUCCUAUUGAGUUGCCAUGGUACUUAAGGAAAGUUAUGUUAACGCUGUGAAAAGUUAACUAUCCUUAAUAUUUUGAGCACUGUUUGCUUGAUAUUAGCUGAGAGAAAGACCUAGCACCUCUUGAAAUUGUAAGUUAAGAUUACCGGUAUAUGCUAAUAAAGAGUGGAUCAGUGUAUGAUCUGAAGAUAAUUACAGCUGGUUUGCAAAGCUAACACUUUGAGAUCAGAAUAUGCAUAAACUCUUAAAAAUUCCAACAACUUAGCAGUCAAAAGAUGUAAGGAUUUCUGCCACGCCAUUUCACGUUGUGAAUACUUAGUGGUUAGGUUACUGGGCAUAAUAUCAGCUUUAGAUAGUUUCAUAAUAGGGACCCAAAUGGUCAUAAUGGCCUGCCGAUGAGGUGUGGCAACCUGAUCAAUAGAUAAAUCAGCCAGACUGUCUGGCUGGACUUGUUUUAAUUAUAAUAUUACGUUAUAUCAUGGUUAGGAUAUUAUCUGUCCACAGGAAUCCAUGUAAAUGCAACUAACAACUGCAGUUAAACAGUUGUCAAAGUACUUAUCACUUAUAACUUCACUUUCAGUCUCCAAAAAAAUUCAUUCUCUCCAACAUAAAAAAUAUAUUUGCACGUUAUUAAAUAACAAAUAAACAAGGUUUGAGUUCAGCCCUUUAUGCAAUGUUACUUGAAAAGUACAGGUACAACAAAUAUACUAUAUCCUUCAUCCAAAUUAGGAAACUCGUGUGCAAAACAAAAAUAGAACCACUUACAACAAUAUUGCCCAGCAUCAAAGCUAGUGUAAGCCCUCACGUACGUUACAUCUUGAGUUUGCACAAGUGCUUCUAAGAAGCUGUUGGAAAUCACUCUCGAAAGACUGCAAGGAAGUGACAGUUGCUAGUAUAGCUCCUUUCAUUAACCAAAACAACAAUGCAGAAGCACUGAUUGUGAUAUUACUUCAACUGCUAAACAACUGAGUACUCUCUCUCUCUCUCUGUGAACUGAUGAAAGAAUCUCAUUCCCUGCAUGAGGUUUCGCUCCAAGCCAAACAAGAAAUUGUACUUCCAUAGGAAGGAAGGUACAUGUAUAUUGAACAACUUUGGACUGAUGAAUUGAUCAGUGAAUCCUUGAAUGAUAAAAUCUCAGAUACCUUUUAUCUACUUUGCACAUCAUAAUAAUAUAAUAUGGAUGAUGAUCACAGUUUUAUGUUUAAUUUUUGGUUGAAUGUACCAGCUAAAUUGAUCGAUCUACAAAAAUUGCAACUUGAUCUUGGCCAAAGUAUUAAAAUUAUUAUUAUUUUUUUAAAUUGUACUCAUCAUUUAAGCAAAAAACAAAGUUAGAGUAUUUUACUUGUUCAUCCAAUCUGAGGCCUUAAAUGAAACACAACUUUUUGCUCUUUGGAGAAGCUAGUACUGUACAUGUAUUAGUGGAUGUUAGUUCAGCAUUUUUAUGCCAGAUUUAAUUUGGAAGAGAAGACACGUAAUGUCGCUAAGUCUGUGGGAAAAAUCUUGCGCUACGUCCAUUAAUUUUCAAAAUCUCUACAGCAGUACUUUCUCAUUUUAUUGCCGUAUUAAUUCAUUACGCCAUAUAAACCUGUUCCUCCUUAUAACUUUGUUGGUAAAAUGCAUAGUGUGGUCAUUGAAAUGAAAUCUGUUCAGCAGUACUUUUUACAUUAUGGACCCAUUUUGUUUUUCAGUAUGUCACAAAAAGAAACUGAAACUACAGCUGUAUGCCGAGUUUUGCAAAUGUCAGAGUUGAUAUUCAUUUUGCAUGACAGGAAAAUAUUUUUCAUCAGAGAACAACAAUAAUUUCUUGAAAGUUAUGAGAACUUUCAGUAAACAUCUGUAUCCCUUCACAUGUGUAACUCUGUGUAACAUUCAAGAAAUCUUUGGUGAUGAAGUGUACAGUCAAACCUGCACUUAUGGCCACCUCUCUAACAUGGCCAUUUUUUUGGUGGACAGUCCAUACAUUCACUCUUGUUUCAACCUCUCAACAAUGGCCACUUUCUUCGGUCCCCAAGGUGGCCGUUGUAGAGAGGUUCAACUGUCUACAAAGCUGUGCUCUAACCCUGGGGCCCAAUUUUUGCUGUUGGGGAACUAGGAAACCUUGGCUUUUUCACAGCAAUCUCAUGCUGGGCACCCUGGAUUUCACAGGUUCAGUGCACCUGGCUCCCUUCAGUUUAUCUCAGAGCACAGCCUUGAAUAUCAUGUCCCAACAGCCAAAUCUUCAUUCUUUCAUUCAUUUACACAUUGCAGGUCCCCUUCCUAUGAGAAUGAGAGCCCUUCCUCAGUCGUUCUGGCAGGAGCCCAAGGACAUCCAGAAUAGCUCACUGAGCACUGAGGGAACAUUACAAACUUUACCACCAUUAUUCCAUAACGCCAACAACACAAGUUAUGAUGUGAGUAAAGUUAGGCCGGUCACUCCUCCAGAGGAGAAAUUGCUGCCACGACCACCCAAGGAACCCAAACUAGUUUAUACUUCUCCACAAGAACAACUUUUAAAACUAUUUGAGACUGUGGAAGAGGACAAGACAAAGAAGUUUGUGAUUCGAAGAGGAAGGUAAGACUGCAGUUGAACAUGUACUAGUAAUACCCUGCUUACUUAAAUUGAAAGUCUAUAGCUAUUACAUGGAGAAAUAUAUUCUGUUAUAAACUGAUAUGCCCUAUUCAUUUCAAACUGUCCCGAUAAAAAAUUUUACAAAAUAACUACAUCCAGUGGCCUCCGAGCUGUAUAACUAUACCAAAAAUAGUCUUAGGGAAAUUUAGUUUGCCAUCAAAUAUCUUUUGUUUCUCUAAAAUUCUUUUAGACUCUUAACAGUUGUACUUUCUUUUAUCAUUGCCCUUGUUGUGUACUGAAGUUAAGUUGAUGCUAAUUUUUUUUGUUAAAAAAUGGAUUCUAAGCUAAAGAGUGCGGCAGUAAUCCCAUGAAUUUAUUGACAACAAUAUUACAAAAUUCAUUUUACCAACAAAUGUCAAAGUCCUUCAACUGUUGUUUGGUAGUGUUCCAUAGUGGAUAGGGAAAUCAUUAAUAUUCAUCACGAGCUUAGUUAAUGAAACAAUUUCAUGAAUAACUUUGCAAGCAUAUUAUUACAGCAACAAUUCCAUCAAUGAACGGGCUACUAAUAUAAGAUUAAUUUCUAAGGUUAGUUCAUUUACCUAUCUAAAUUUUCCAAAAAGCAUGUUGACAUGAGCACCAGCAGUACACAGUACUGCAUAGGAAAUACAUGUACAAUGGUAUCAAUUGGCAUAAACAAUGACAAUACCAAUACAUACAAUAAUUAUUGUAUGAAAUAUAUUUCUCUAAAUAAAUAAUUAGUACCUUUAAUGAAAGCUACAAAUUUAGUGCAGAUAUGUAUAUGUCAUGCAGCUUGUUGUCAGUGGCUUCUAGAACAAAAAAACACAGAGAUAUCAAUAGUUGUUGACUCGAGAUCAAUUUAGGUAUACAUACAGCUACGAUAAGAGAAGUAACACUACUGAUUACCAAAAUAGGUUACAGUCAGGAAACACAGUGACACGUGUCCAGUGGUAUAGGCCUUGGAUUCAAUAUCAUACAUGUAUGUGUAGUUAUGUGUACAUGACAACAAAACCUACAUGUGGUUUUCUGAGCUGAAGUAAACACUUAAGAUCCAUUUUAAUUCCACACAAUUGCUUAGAGAAUCUUUAUGAUAGGUGUUCGAUACCACUGCCAUAAGGGCUUUGUAAUUGGUCACUCGAUGUGGCUGUUAUGAAGAGUUGUAACACUUACUUUAAUUAAUACCACUCAGAUGUUUAAAACAGUGUUUAUUUAUAGACGUACAACUGUAGAAUUUAUAAAGUAUGCUUUGAUAUUACAGCUUUUAGAGAGGUCAGGAUAUUGGAUGCAAUAAAUAUAUUAUUCCAGCACUCCAUGUCCUUAAAAGGCAUGGAACAUGUAAGAGAAUCAAUUAAGCUCAUGAAUUAACUGACGAGGCUAAGAAAGUGUUAUUCUAUUACUGAUCCCAUUAUACUCCCUGUAAAUUUGUAAGAUUAACACUAAUAUAAGUGGUGGUGGUGGUAUAAUUUAUUUACAAUGCUACGAAUUAAUUGAAGGUUUAAGAUCUUAGUUGCUCAUUUGAAUGUUAUGGUUGGCCACACAUUACACUGCAAGCCAAUAUUGCAUAUGUGUACACUGUAUUACUGAAAACAACUAUGAAGAAGAGGGAAGGUAACUUAUGAGAGAGAUGUAGUGUUCAUUAAUUCAUGUUGAAAGCAUGGGACACUAAAUUAUUAUAUACAUCUGAAAACUAAAUGAUUUGUAGUGUUCACCUACUGCGAAGCUGUACAUAGGCUUUGUUAAGUUUUUAAGAUGCAUUUGCAGCUAAAUACUGAAGUUAUUAUUUGCAAUGUAUAUGUAAAGUGCAAUUUUAACAAAACAGUUCUGUUUCUUUUGUAUUUUUAGGCCAAGAAGAGCUCAGUCAGAUUUAACUGCACUGUCCUUGCCAAAGCUUGAGGAAGACCCAUGCAUGUUGGAUAGCCUUGCAGAGAAAAUGUUUCCUCAGCUUUCUCUAGAGCACAAGCAAACCCCAGGUGCUAACACACAAUUGUCCUGUGUUUCAGUGCACGAUGGGGACAAGUCAGUGCAACUACCAUCCCUUAACGUAGAGCAGAAUUACUCUCAGAUGUUAUCUGAGAUUGUUGCUCACUUUUGAGGAUAAGCAAAGAGCAGGGAGAGUACAAAUGCAAGGCAUUAUCUUUCAACUGUAACCGACAGAUGUGCAGUUCAUUCUUAAACCCAUUCACGGGUAAGAUACGUGUUAUGUCAUUGGUAACCUGGUGCGAGUUGUUUGUCAGAUAAAUGUACGUAUGAGUUACAAAUAUCCAACGAGUUCAUGGAUGGCCACUUUAAACAAAAUGGAUCAGACAGUAUUUAAUGAAACAAGGGAGGACAUGCAUAUGUCAGGGUAAUAGCAGACUACUGGUUACCAAGCUAGAGUUCUUGUUUGUAUAACUGCAUGUACAUGAUUUGACAUUACGACAACAAAAUUUUAUUUAAACAUCCCUGCACCAGGUGUAUUGUUACCGUGUUGAAUAUAACAUUGGUUAAGAUAUUCCUCAGUUCUUUCAAAGAAACUGACUAGAAUAAUAUUAAUAUGAAAAUAGUGAGUAAGCAGGUUUACAUUAACUGUGCUAUAGUCAAUGUCAAGACAUUCUGUGCACAAUACUUACAUGCAAUUGCCUGUUUUGUGGCCCAUCUACAGUGUAAUCUAAAAAAGAAUAUACAUUUAUAUAAAAUUAGUAUUAGUAAUUUUGAAAUUGCCAAACCUUGAGAUCAGAAAUUCUGAUGCAAUGAUUAUCAAUUAUUGUGUGUAAUAUAGUAUGUAUUCUUUGCAGUGAACAAUUAUGUUUAUAGAGGACAAAAUAACCAUUCACAAAAAAUGAAAAAAAAAAUUGGACUGUUUAUAUGGCUGUCAUAACCCUUUCACCUCACUUCCACUAAUUUAAAUCCAAAAACUACAACUCCAAUGUUGAACUCUUGAAGUUUCUAUAUUUUGUAUAUACCGGGGGUAUAUGGGAAUUAAACAUAAAGGCCAGGGUCAACUUGUUAGAAGCCUGGUUUUGCAGUAAUCCUGGGAUAAUGGCAAACAUUGCAUUAUAUUUUAAAUUUUCAUCAGGCCCCAGUUUUUCCUGUUAGCAGAGGCCUCUUUUUCUGAAAAGGUGGACAUCCCUAUCCAGUGGAUAUUGGUUUCCAUAGUACUUAUCAGCUGGAUAGUGAUUUAUCCUAGAUAGCACUGCACUAUCCAACAUUUGAACAACUGGGGCCAGGGUUAUAACCAAUAAAAAAUUUUCUUACAAACCAGUGUGCUAGUCUAGGCUAAAUUUUAAUUCUGUGAGUGAAAGGGUCAGAUAUAUCCAUUAAAACAUUCACAUGUAUAUAUCCAUUCACAAUUUGAGUUCUGCUAGAAUUAAACAAAAUAAUAUUCAACCCAAUUCAUUGUCAUGAUAGAUAUUAUAUCCCAAGGAUACAGUAUGUUAAUGAUUAUAAGAUAGAAGACAGUGGAAAUUUUGUCUUGUAUGUAAUAAAUUUAUUUUCAAUUAAAAAAACAAAUAUGAUUCAUUAUAAAAUGAUUUCCACAAUAUUUUUCUGGAAAAAUGUACUUUCCUUUGGUUUGUUGGAAAAAAUUUUUAAACAAUGCUCUCAGUUUGUCUGUGUUGGUAUUUUUAAACUCAGCUACUAGAAUCAUAUUAUUGUAGCUACUAGUACUUUUAAAUGAUAUAGCUUCUUAAGAGGGAAUGUUACAUCAUUCAAUUUGUCUGAGUCCAUUAAAAAUUAUGCUUACACUUGGCAUUUUUUUUUUGUCUGUUGAUGCAAGUGUGGUCUUUCUUUGGGUCACAGAUGCUCCAAACCUUCUGUAUAGAGGGUCUGCGAAUUAGUGCACAAUAUCGUGUUCAAAUCCUGCAGAGUCGCAAGGACAUUUGUUGGCAUUUGUGAUCGGCUAGUUUCUUACAGAGUGUGGAAUUAGUCCGAUUUGAAUUAAGUAUUGACGGGCCAAACACAACUUGAUAGUGUGAAACAUGAGCUUAGAGCCAGCUUGAACAACAGAGGUUUUUCUUGCUCUCUUUUGGGUAGUUUAUGUAGUGCUUGGAGUAUUCUACACUUUCAGUGAGCAACUUUUGUUUUGCCGCUUUGAGUUUCACAUUUAGAACUUAUGAAGCUGGUCUGUUCCAUGCAUAUUGAGUAGUUGGUUCCUGUGGUUUAUAUUUCUGCAGAUGUUUACUUUUUGGAUUUGAUCACAGAUGCAGUUUACCAUUAAAUGAUUUUCUUUUACAUGUUUAAACCUUAAGCUUUUUUAUUGCAGCUAAAUAACGAUAGUUUCUUUGGUUUUCUCCAACAUGUCUGGACCUGAAUAGCUACAUGUCUGUAUUUUUGUUUUGGCUGCGAAUAUCAUGAUUUCCUGAUUUGUUUUGAUGCUAGAACUGUCAGCUAGAUUUCAGAAUAGGCAGCAGAGCAUCUGCAGCGAUUAGAUGACACUGGAAAACCAGUCAGCAAAUUUACAAGCAAAUUCUGGCCUUAAAGGAAUUCUGUCAAAGCAUUUUUUUGUUCAGACAAAUGCUUUAAAGUCUGAACUGCUCUUUCAUUGUUUACUGUAAAGGAUCCUUGCCAACUCCCUUCUGUGAAUUUUGACACAUCACUGCGCCCAACCGUCACGCAGACAUAAGAAUUAGGCCAAUCAUGAGGUACAUAAGAAACCCGCCUAUCAGAAAUGCUCACAUACGUCCUUGCGACUCUGCAGGAUAUUAGAAUGAGUUUUUGUGCACUAAUUCGCAGACGGACUAUACAAAUGGUUUAGACGAGUGCGUGAGCCGGCUGCAACGUAGGCUAGUGUGGUCUUCAUAUAGAAAAUUAUUGGUUAUUCAAGGUAGAUAUUGGUAUAACUGGUUUUCACCUCUUGUAGAGAUAGUAUCAUAAUUAAAUGAAGGAAUAUAUUAAAAUGGGAAAGUAGAACGGCUCUUAGAUAUAGAGACAAGAACAGAUCAAGUUGUAUAUACAAACAUGUAAAAAUAUCUGUAAAUAAACGAGUUUUGUUUUG